AUGCCAGCUUGGACCAUAGAAAGCGAGCGCGGACUGCUCCUCACUAUCAUAAAGUUAUUAAACAUCUCACAGCUCCCAAAAUGGGAGGAGGUUGCCAACGAGAUGGCAGCACAAGGUCUACACUUUACACCAGAAGGUUGCAGACAACAUUUCCAGAAGAUUAAAAAGCCAUCCUCUAAAACGCCCUCUACCCCUAGGAAGGGUAAUGGCGGUGUAAAGGGCGCGGGCAUCUCUAAAACCCCGACUUCUUCAAAACGGAAGCUAGCACAAAUGAACCACGAUCAAGAUGAUGAAGAAAUUAUUAUGACCCCUUCCAAGAACUCGAAAACUGGAAAUAGGCCUGCCAGUGAAUCAGCUCAAGAGUCAAAGAAAGUAGUGAAGUUGGAAAUUAAAAAUGAACAAACUGCUCAUAUCUUUAAAGCCGAUAAACCUGACGAAAACGGUGUAAUACAUAUUUCUGACGAUGAGAGCCUUUACAACGGAGAUUAG